UGACUUCCGUAGUAUAGAGCGGCUCCUGGAGGCGUAGAGUAGGUAACGCUCAGAAAGGGCGUCCAAUUUCAUAGACCUAAGUGUGGUCCAUGCAGUGUACAGCGACACCUGCUGGUGGAAUAGAGCGGAUCCUCGGUGUACACAGAGCCUCCUCCCCAUCAUCACCUGCCCGGUGGCGCUGCUGGUAGUACCGUCAUGUCUUACGCCUUUUUAUUCAAGUAUAUAAUAAUCGGAGACACAGGUGUGGGAAAGUCCUGUCUCCUCCUACAGUUUACAGAUAAGAGGUUCCAACCUGUUCAUGACUUAACUAUUGGGGUUGAGUUUGGAGCCCGGAUGAUUAAUAUUGACGGGAAGCCUAUAAAGUUACAGAUAUGGGACACGGCUGGGCAAGAAUCAUUCCGUUCCAUAACACGAUCAUAUUACCGAGGGGCUGCAGGAGCUCUGCUAGUGUAUGACAUUACCAGACGGGAAACUUUUAGUCACCUCACCUCCUGGCUGGAAGAUGCUCGGCAGCACUCCAGUUCAAAUAUGGUGAUCAUAUUGAUUGGAAACAAAAGUGACCUUGAGAGCCGCAGAGAUGUUUCAAGGGAGGAAGGAGAAGCCUUUGCUCGAGAACAUGGUCUCAUAUUUAUGGAAACAUCUGCCAAAACUGCAGCCAACGUGGAGGAGGCCUUCAUUGGAACCGCCAAAGAAAUCUACAAAAAGAUCCAACAGGGACUGUUUGAUGUGACUAAUGAGGCUAACGGCAUCAAGGUUGGACAACAGCCAAUAAGUGAGCCUUUGGGAGGGGGAGCACAACGAAGCCAAGCAGAAGGUGGAAGGACUUCUGGGUGCUGCUGAAUUAGACUCGAGCUUAACAAUUCACCAUUCCUCUUGCGUUUCUUUCUCCCUAUUUAUUAUUAGACAAUUGCUUUUUGUAUUAUUUUAAUAUUAUUUUUGUUUAUUUAUUAUUUUUUUGUAAAGAUUAUUUUAGCCUUAAAUUGUGCGUUUAAGUGACAACAAUGUAAACCAUUUAAAAGGUGUGUGAGUGGCCUUUCAUGCUCAUUUCUGUCUCCCUUAAAGGGACACUCCAAGCACUUUGACAACUUCCGUGCCUAUUUAACCUUAAGGUAUUUCAUCUAGACUUGUUUAAUAUGUGGGAUAGAAGUUGUUCAUUUUCACUUCUACUUCCCAUUUCCCACAAGAUACUGAUACAUUUACAGACAUCUAGGGAUUUUCAUGCACAGUAACACCCCAAAAGUACACUGAAGUCAAUGCAAGUUCUGCAGCUCUACUGUGCUUACCUCUGUGUUUUGUAUAGGACAGCAUUGAACUGUAGUGUGCAUGUGCAUUAUGUUUUGCAUGUCGAAAGCGUGCAAAUUCAAUUCUAUAUCCGUAUGCACGGCUUUAAAUUGUUCAGCUACUUCUUUGCUGCCACUCAGUGAAUAGAAUAAGGGAAGUAACUCUGCCAAUAAUCUUUGCAGGCAAGCAUUAUUUUUAAUAAUUUUAUUCUAAUGUUAAUACAUUAUUUAAAAAGAAGAAAAAAAGAAAACAUCACAAAUGUGGGUUAACUCCAACUUGGAGUGACACUUUAAAAACCAAUGAAGGGAGCCUGUUAUUGCAGACAAAAAUGCAUGCUUCUAUCUCUGUUAUAUAACAUGCCCUGGUUGGUUAUGUAUUUUUAAAGGACAAAAAAAAAGAAUUCUUGUCCUAAAUUUUGAAACACGCUAUGAAAACAUCUAAAUCAAGUAUAUUGACAAUUUUGUGAAACGCGGUUCAAACUCUCUCUCAGAUCCAUAAUUCACUCCUAUCUUGCCGCUAUUUCUGUUUGAUUCCACAUGUAAAAUAUACAGUGAAAACAUAUUUUGAGUUUCAGAAUAUGAGAGAUGUUAAAGGAAGGUGAGCAUACCCAGAGGGCAGACAGGCAGUGGCUAUUAACGGAAGAAAUGCUUUUGGAAGGAGGAGGCAGAGUUACACUGUUGUAGGGCU